UUUCUCGAAUACCCAAAACUGUGCAUUAAAAAAAUAACACCCCAACUUCAUAGUUCCAUAUCUUAAUCGGAAAAAACCUAACCUUUGUAACCAGUAACCACUAGCAACAGCUCCACCAUAGCAGAGCCAACAUACCAAAACCCAAACAAACCCAGAUUAAAAGAUCCUGACUUUUUGGCUCGAUUCUCACUAACAGUCGACACGCAUUAUGAAUAUCAGAAAAACUUAGAAAUCAAAUGAUGCAGGUUCAACUGAAUCACAACCCCUCUUCACAAAACUUAGUUCUGCAUGGUGUACAUAUUAAAAUGGAAGAAUAAUGUGGUUCCGUUAACUCGAAAGAGAACGGAAAAUGGAAAGCCUUCAAAGGGGUUCUUGCUUUCCAACAAGAGUUUCCGACCCGAUCCCGGCAAGGAAACAAUCUGAGCAGGGGAGAGAGAAUCUGCGUUUAGUUUUAUAGGAAAGAGAACGGGUUUAGGAACAGAGAAAAGCCUGUAAUCAAGGCGCAAGUAUUGUAAUUUUGCCUUGGAGUCCUCCUCAGGGAACCGUAGUACUUCGGUGUCUCCCUCUUUUUAACUGUAUAACGGUUAACCCUUAUGUAAAUGGUAACACUAAACAGUAACAUAAAGUGUUUUUUAGUAU